AUGUUCUUUCUAUUAUUACUCCUCUCCUUAUCAACAGCUGUAGUAAUCUAUGUUUGGCGAUUCUAUGAGAACACCAAACGCUAUCCAAAAGGACCACGUCCCUACCCUGUCGUGGGAAAUCUGCUUUCGCUGAGGUUGUUCGCCCAUACGCAACGAAGAUAUGAGAAAUUCCAAGGAUUUAUGGUAGCGCAUUUCACUGUAUGGUUACCUCAGACCAUAUGGUUAUCACUGACUACGAACUUGUCAAAGAAGCGUUUGCGAAAAAAGGUGAGGUUCUUUUCUGCUCUAGGCUAG